AUGGGAAACUCUUGCAUGGCAGCAUCGUCAAUGGAAUGGGACGGAGAGGACUGGGAAUCUUUGGAGCAGCCAAAGCCAUGUUCAUCAUCAUCAUCAUCAUCAUCAUCAAGUAAGGUGUUAGACGAAGCUGCUUAUCUUGAUCAUCGUCAGAAUAAGGAGAAUAAUAUAUUAGGAAAGCUUAGAGCUUCUUGUGAUGCAAAUGGUAAAGUUACGUUGAAGAUUUCAAAGUGCGAAUUAGCCGAAUUAUUGGGAGCGAUACUACAGAAUAAUAAUAAAAAUCAUCAACAGCCGCAACUGGUGAUGAAGAAGAAGAAGGAAUUAGCUUCUGCAGAACAAAUUCUGUUUCGGUUAAUGAAAGCUAGAAAUCAUGAAAUUGAAAAAAAGCAUCACGGUAGUGGUCAAUGGAAACCAAUGCUUGAGACUAUUCCUGAAUGUUAA